AAAGGCUGCAUUAAAAAUGAAGUGCAUCAUAAGAUGAUCUGUGGGAAGUCAAUAAUUGUUUGUUGCGAGGUUAAUCUGUGCAACUGGAAUAUAACACCUCCUUUUCCAACAGAGAAACCAAGUAAGUUUUAGAAGUCAGUCCUUGGUCAUGAUUCCCCUGUAAAUGUAGUGCAACUUUGCUCAGAAAUUCUCACAUGAAACAUUCCUGUACAUAAGAAUGUUACCAGAUUCUUGUUUUGUGAGUGUAAGUGAUAUCAUUAAAAUGACAAAAUGACAAAUUGACUGGUGCGAAUAAUUUUUUAAUGGUAACUACAAGAUGAUUCCAUAUUUCCUCUCUGUGCUUUGAAUGAUCGUAAUGUAUCUAUGUAUAUGUAUGUUUGUCGUCCUCUUUGUUUGUUUUGUAGUUUUGAUUUAGUCAAAGAAAGGAAAAUUGCUUUGCUAAUAUUAAGUUUCUGAUAAGAGCAAAUAGGUUGUUUAAAACGAAAUUCUCCACCAAAGAUUUUGACCUACAAUAUACAGAUAUAUUUCUGCCCUGUUUACACCUCGUCAGUAACAUUCAUGACUUGUACAUACAGUUAUCGUCCUUCUACAGCAAGCAAUCAUGAGUACAAUUCAAAGCCCUUCAUGAAAAUUAUAUUUUUCUCUCCAAACAGCAAAUUCUUCACUCAAGAGAUAUACCAAUCAAGCUCAAAGCCUGGAGUUCAUUCUGUUAAGCAUCUUUUCUCCCGUGGCCGUUCUUAUAGUUUUGAUACUAAUUUUCUACUUGGCCUAUAAACAUCUUCAGAAGCGCCAACUCAAUCAGCACCAAUACCCACACCUCAGGUACACACACCCUUCAGGAACAGGCCACAGAAGAGGGCCUCAUUCAGCACUGAGAUGCUGGUCCUGUCGAAAGAAAUCAGAUUUUCAGCCCUUUGCCCAGCGCACUGCGGCGCAGGAUUUGGACUUGAUAGCAGUGAUUGGAGAAGGGAGAUAUGGGAAGGUUUGGCGAGGUCUGUGGCAUGGAGAUGAUGUUGCAGUGAAGUUGUUUUACCCAAGCCAAGUGGAUUUGUUCAACAACGAAGUCAAUGUCACCAAUGUUGUGGGAAAUCACCAGAAUAUUCUCAGACUCCAACAUUCUCACAGUGCAUUCUUGUGGCAUAACGAGACGCACAGUUGCAUUGUAUUAGAGUAUCAUGCCAGUGGGUCGUUGUACGAUUUUCUAAGCCGCAGAACUGUCAAUGUACAGGAAAUGUGCUCUUUAGCCUUCUCAGCUGCUCGUGGGCUGAGCCAUUUGCAUGGUGAAAUAUACCAAAAAGAGGAGACUUUCUCAAUUGCGCAUCGCGACAUCAAAUCCAAGAAUAUUUUGGUGAAGUCAAAUCUUACUUGUGCCAUUGGAGACUUAGGAUUAGCAGUUGUUGACAAAUGGAAGGAUAAGAUCGAUCUGAAGGACAAGCGCAAAGGAACACUGCGUUAUAUGGCUCCUGAGUUACUUGAUGAUACAGUUAUUAAAUCAUUUGAAUCAUACAAACGAGCUGAUGUGUAUGCAUUUGGUCUUGUGUUGUGGGAGAUUGUGAGGAGAACUUUCACAGAAGGUAAGGUAAUGUCUUUUUAAAUAGAUGUUUGAUUUACCGAAAAGGUUUUUCUUUUGCUCUGGCGAAGACAUAUUAGAAACAACUAAUUCCAAAACUCAGAGUAAAAAAGAUUAAAACAAACGAGUUUAACCUGACUAAAAUCACACCAUCGAGCGCCGCGUUAAGGAGGGCAUUGCCAUGAAACAAAGUAAACCCUUCUCACUAAAUAGGGACGAGGGACUGGACCUCCCGGCCAUUUACAGUCUUCUAUUGGGAAUACGUAGGCAACCCAAUCGCUUUUUUUACAACGCUGAUGAAGUUCGUGGAUUCGAACGAAAUAGACACAGUUAUUUCUAGUAUAGAUGUUAGAUUAUUUGGACAAAGACUAGUAAGCAAUAAUUCCAUCAAGAUUGGUGGAAAGAACUUCUUGAAAUUAGUAAACUAGCUGCCGAAUUCGAGACCGAUAUUGAAAAUUCCCGAAGAUACAUGUAUCGCUCCGCAAAGUGGUGAAAUUUUUCACGUUUGUAUUGUGGUGGUGCUGGUCGGGGGAAUAAGUGGUUUUCCUUGGGGCACUGUUGUUUUCGCCUCUCCUCAAGUUUCCAGUUAGACCAAGGGGAAUGGCAGACAAAGAGCCACUCUUUGAAUUUGCAACCACCGACAUUCCAAUCACUUAUUUGUUAUAAUUGUAUUUUUGUCGACCUCCCUUUUUUCAGGCAAGAUACUGGAGCAGUACGCUGUACCAUUUCAUGACAUGGUACCAGGAGAACCAACUCUACAGGACAUGAAGAAAGUUGUGGUUGAACAACAGAAGAGGCCAUUUGUUUCCAACAGGUGGUCAGAGAAUAGUGUAAGUGUCUCCUUUGACUUUAUAGACAGUGGUUUUUGUUGAUUUGAAUAAAGUUUGCGGACCUCUCCGUAAAGUAAUUUCCGAUGAAUUUCAAGCGGGUAAUUGGUCGAAAAAUAGCUUUGGUAAAUUCACAUAUCCCAAGGGCUAGACUUGCGGGCGCUUUCCAUUUAACCAAAUCUUUCAAAAAUUUGUAAAUAGAGGUGGUAAAUGGGACAGAAAUUUCCCGGAAAAGUUUCCAGAAAUUCUGAAAGUUGUUGAAAGUCCGAAAUGCGAACCAUCCAACCGAAAGCUCUAGAAAUUGCGGGAGCAAACUUAAAUGGAAAGAAAUUUAAACCUCCGGGAAAAAAAUUCGAAAAUUUUGGUAUACCUCGCGAUGUUUUCCUCUGUUUUUUUUUUUUUUUAAUUUUGGACGAUUCUGUUCCACGCGCUUCUGGAAGUUGCCAAAAAUUCAAACCAGACGUUUUGUUUGAAUGGGAAGCGCCCUGGGCGUUUCCUUCCUCUGUGCCAUUAUCCUAUCUUGUAAUAUCUUGUUCAUAAUAGUUGCUUAUUCUUGCAGGUCCUCGAGUCCAUGGUCAAGUUAAUGAAGGAUUGCUGGAAGCAAAACGCACCCGCUCGGCUUUCGUCACUGAGAGUGAAAAAGAACUUGUCAAAGUUGAUGGAGUUGGUCAAACCAGCUCCAACAAAUACCGCUUUAUCAGACGAAUUCACGUUUAUAUCAGACGUCAACAUCCAUAUUCCGGAGAGCUACAGUGAAAACCACGAGAAUACUGUCAUAACCUAAACUUCACAGGGGAACAGUAACGCAUGUGAACAUUAUUCAGGGAUUGCAAUCGUGACUUGAUUACAUGUCAGCCUUCUUUCCCGCAUAUUUAAAUGUUGUUGUUUAAAGUUGGUUUCUGUUUUUACUCGCUCCAGGCUCCAUUUCGCAGGUGCUGAUCCUCAUUACACAUACAUGUAUGAAACUGCUUAAAUUUUACACGUGACAGAAUUGAAAUUUUCAUAAUUAUAUUCAGUUCCAAAUUUCGUUAAACUUUAAAGGAUAGUCUUUGUUUUUUAUCGGAAAAUGCGCUUGGAGAGCUUAGCGCUUUUCCCCGGCGACGGAAGACGAGGAAAAUAGUAUUAGUUGAUUUUUAAUGGGUUUUUCGAGUGGCCCCUUACUAGUCUCACGUGGGCAGUGAAGCUUCGGUAAGUGAUUUCCUGCGUUCCUGCGUGCCUGCGCGCGCGUACUUUGCUUUUUGAUGUCUGUUUUAAUCAAGACUGAAAAAUUCAAUAAUGAUAG